AUGAAAAACGCUCAGUCGCUCCUCGACCGCCGCGGCAAACGCACGCAUGACAGACCCGCGCCUCUUAAUACAAAUAACUUACAUAUUUAUUUAUUACAACUUCUUUCUAUGCAGAAUUCUAAAUUAUUCUCUAAAUAAAUUAUUGAGAAGUUUAGUUGACGCUUUCGAGUUGGAGGAUGAGUGACUUGUGAUAAUAGUGUUGUUAUUUAUUCAAUCUGUGAUAUUAGUGUUAUUUAAUUAUUUAUUGUUAAUUUAUUCAAUAUGAAGCAGCAAACUGGAGUUAUUACUAUUCAUCAAAUGCGCCUGCAUCGCUGUGAGGGCUGCCUCGCGGCGUGCCCGCCGCGCCGGGCGCCGCUUGCGGACUAUCCCCGCUCUAUCUUCAAAACCACGUUGUGCAAGCGACGCCGCUCGCCCUACCCGAUGAGCAACAGCAAACCGAACUGCACCAAGAUGGCGGACCCUACGCCACCCACGCCGCCUGACAAUAAUGCGCCUCCUAUGCCCUGGUUCGGUAUGGACAUCGGCGGCACUCUCACCAAACUCGUGUACUUCGAGCCGAGAGAGACCAACCGUCGAGAGCUUGACAAAGAAACAGAGGUCCUCAAGAACAUUAGGCGGUACCUCACGAGGAAUUCUGCAUAUGGCAAUACUGGACGAAGGGACGUCCAUUUACAGAUGGACAACGUGACGAUUCGCGGCCGCCGCGGCACUCUCCACUUCAUCCGUUUCCCCACCACGGAGGUGGGGGCGUUCCUGCAACUAGCCCGGUCUAAGGGCAUGGCCGCUCUCGUCAACACUAUAUACGCCACGGGCGGUGGCGCCUACAAAUUCGAGGAAAACUUUAUCAAGGAAGUGAACAUGCACCUUCAGAAACUGGACGAAUUGGACGCGUUAAUCGCCGGGCUGCUAUUCGUCGACGCGUGGCAUUCGACCGAAUGCUACUAUUGGGCGCCACCAGACUCAGAAUUACUUCACCACAAUACUAGUAACACGCCGCCAUACUUGGAAGCAGCCCUGAGUCUUUACGAGCGGCAGCCGUUCGACUUCUCGAAUCCGUACCCGUUCCUACUUGUGAACAUAGGGAGUGGUGUAUCCAUACUCGUGGUGAACGGCCCCAACGACUUCUACCGAGUCAGCGGCACCAGUCUUGGCGGCGGCACAUUCCUCGGCCUCUGUUGCCUGCUAACCGGCUGCAGCAGUUACGAGGAGGCCAUAACGCUGGCGGCCUCCGGUGACAACACUACGGUCGACAAGCUAAUCAGGGACAUAUACGGCGGAGAUUACGCCCGAUUCGGCCUCUCCGGGGACCUAGUGGCUAGCAGUUUCGGACAGAUGUGCACAGCAGACCGAAGAGCCAAGGUGUCUCGGGAGGACCUCGCGCGGGCCACGCUGGUCACCAUCACCAACAACAUCGGCUCCAUAGCGAGGCUGUGUGCCAGCAAUCAAAAUGUAGAACGGGUGGUGUUCUGCGGCAAUUUCCUACGAGUCAACCCUCUAUCAAUGAAGCUCCUAUCAUACGCCAUGUCGUACUGGUCCCGCGGAGCUCUAAAGGCGCUCUUCUUAGAACAUGAGGGAUAUUUCGGCGCCGUGGGCUGCCUCCUGCAGCUAGACGACCACUACCACCGCAAGAAGCCCCGCCCCGCCCCCGCCCCCUCCGCGCACGCGCAUCCCCGCCCCGCCCCCGCCCCCGCCGCGCACGCGCAGCCCCCGCACGCCGACCGGUGAUGGCCGCGCGAGGAGCCCGAGUAGUGGGGAAGGGGGAGAGGGAGAGGGGGGGGCACAACCCGAGGUCGCCACCUUUGUGGCUGCUCGGGUCUGAGCUACAUGACCUUGUAUAUGCUUGAACUUUACCCUCAAUGUUAAAAACCUGAACAUUUUUUUACAUCAGAUAAAGCGCGAAGAAACGCCAAUCUUAACGCUCUAAAGCAGUGGUUCCGAAAGUUGACUGGACCCCGAUCCACCAACAAUUACUGCCAAAUUCGGGACCCACCUCUUGGCCUUCUAUAAAAGGGGGUAUAAAAUAUUAUUGGUUUCAGGGCCCACUCAAUAUUGUCUCCACUAGUUUGGGAAAUGCUGCCUUUUUAAAAACCAGUGACGCCACAGUCGACCAUAGCCGACGAAGUUUUCAAUAUAAAAUGAACCUUAAGACAUUCUAAUAAAGUUUAAUAUCACAUAUUAUACAGGAUACAAAAUAAAUCAGCCGUUCUAUAGAAAACAUUGACUGAUUCACCGAAAUGAGACGGCAGAUUUUUUUUCCGAGAUUUCGGGGUUGGCCCCAUAGUCAGAGUUGUUCACUAUGACCUACAUAUAUAUUCACCCCUCGGAUGUUGGUCAGUGAUAACAAAAGCACCCUGUAUAAAAUAGUCGUGACGGUCAAAAGGUGUAAAGCCUGUUUCACGACUUGAAAAGUGGCCAGUUUUACGGCAAGAUUGUUUUUGUGACAAUAUCGGAAAAGCUGUUAGUCGAUUUUGCAGUGAUAAAGUGUGGGAGUGGUUUUAUAUUAUAAGCAUCAUAUUGUC